UGUUGUUUACUUUUCUGCAAAACAAUCGUGCUAAUGGAAUCCUCUGCAAACUUCUAUGACAUUUUCAGAUAGUCUUGGGGAUAAAAAUGACCACCGACGGCCAGCAGCUGGAUUUCUCCGAAAUCUGCCGCAGUUGCAUGGCGAAGAAGCAGCGAAUGAAACCACUGUUCGACUCCAGCCUCGACGUGAUGCUGAUGGCAGUGGCGAAUGUUCAAGUUGCACCCAACGAUGGCUACCCGGGUCAGAUGUGUGUACAAUGCGUGCUGCAGGUCAGCCGUGCUUUUACAUUUAAGCAACAGUGCGAGAAAACGAACGCCACUCUGAAAGAGUAUCUAGAACGGAAGGCCCCAAAAGCUGAAGCUGAAGUCAGCCAGACAAAGACUGGCAGUGGCGACAAAUUGAAUCAUGCUCCGGGAAAGCAAGAGAAGAUACAGCUGAUUACGGUGGAUCCGAACGGGCACGAGAUUGGGUAUCAAUUCAGCGGAAACGUUUCCAACGAAUGUGUUCUCAUAUUGGGAACAGUGAAAGAUGAAACGGUGACGGCGUUGGAAUCAUCCGAACUGUUCAUUCCAACGGUUAGUGCGGGCCAAAAAACGGUUAUUGCUGCGGACAACGCGUAUCAAAGGAUACGGCUGCUGACAAAUCAGUCAGCAAGCACCGCAGCAUCAGGUGGCCAGGAUGUUGGCGAUAAUUUAAAUUUAGUCGCUUCGUUCAAUUUGGAUCAGGAUAUUCUUGAAUGUGAAACGAUUGCCCUGGAAGAAGUUGUCAUUGAAGAUGAUCGGUACGAUACAACCGAUUCGUAUAAUCAGAACAAUGAAAAUAAACAAACCAACAAGGAUACGCUGUCGAACAGCAGUAGAGUUUUGUUUGUCGCGGAUGAGUUCAAAUGUGAACAUUGUUGCGCAGAGUUUAAAUCAAAUAUCGUAUUGCAGACACAUAAACAGUCGUGUUCUGUCCUAUUAAACACACCUCUGGCUGAAACCAGUAUUCAGGAGGAAUCGGGACAUCAUCUUCCACCUUCUUAUAACGUUUCCACUUACAAUCAAUUCGUGUGCGAAGUUUGUGAGAAGAGAUUUUCCGACAGCAGUAAGCUGAGGCGCCACUCUCGGACCCAUUUGGUGGACAAACCACACGUGUGCAAAACUUGCGGGAUGUCAUUCGCCGAAAGUUCCAAUCUGACCAAACACCACCGCAAGCACACCGGUGAGCUGCGGAACGUGGUUGGCAAGCCGAACCUCUGCUCGGUGUGUGGGAAACGCUUCAAGUGGGCCACAUCCCUGUCGAAGCACAUGAAACACCAUACCAAGCGGAAGCUGUUCGUGUGUUCGUAUCCGGGCUGCACGAAGUACUAUGUGGAGCAGCGUUCGCUGGAUAUUCAUAUGUUUUCGCACAACGGCAAGAAACCGUUUGCGUGCAAUUUUUGCGAUAAAGGUUUCACGCAGAAGUGUAACUUGGAGAAGCACGAGCGAGUGCACACGGGGGAGAAACCGUACAAAUGUAACGUGUGCCAAAAAAGGUUUGCUCAAAGUGGUUACCUGGUAAUACACCAGCGAAUUCAUAGUCGUGAGAAGCCUUACAGGUGUGAAGAAUGUGGAAAACAAUUCGCUGCCUCCAACGCGCUGACGGUACAUCUUCGCUCGCACAGUGGCGAGCGUCCGUACGUUUGCACCGAGUGCGACAAACGAUUCUCCCGCCAGGAAACCCUCACGAUUCACAGGAACCGCAAGCAUCUGAACGACAAGCCCCAUGCGUGUAUGCUCUGUCCGGCGACCUUUGUCACCACCUGUGGCCUCACGGCGCACAUGAAGAGUGAACACGGCGAUCGGUACUACCACAUGUGUCCAACGUGUGGAAAAGUGUUUGCAUCAAUGCAGAGUUUGAAGCAUCACCAGAAAACCCAUCUCAAGGAGGGAGAAACAGAGGAAGAUGAACAUCAGCCAAUGAUCCAAUUCGUCGUCGAGCAAGAAAUUGUAGUGAAACAAACCGCGGAUACGUUAGAGCGAACGUAGUCGUCAUCAGUGAAAACUUGAAACUUGUGAUAAACACUAACGUGUGAAAUGAACUGCAAUAGUCGGAAUUUCUUUCUAAGAAAAUAUUUUUUUUUGUACUGAAAUUAAAAGGUUUUAUUUUCUUAAGUCAACCAUUUAUGUCAGUGCUCGAUGCAUAAUCUAUUUUUUUGUAAAUAAUUUGUUUUUUUUUCAUUCAAAAAAUCACCUUUUGCGGCGUUUCAACGCUUAAAGUGCGUUUAAAUGUCAAAUCAACACUUUUCUGUCGAAAAGAAAUCUCCUGUAAACUUGAGAGAAAAAAUGCAUCCCAACCUAUAGUUAUAGUUAGUCAAUGUGAUCCACGCACACAAGAAACUUAAGCCAAAUUUAGACAACAGUCAUAUUGCCGUCCGACGCUUUCUUUUAUCCUAACUUCGAAAAUAGACCCGAAGUGGCCUUGAUUUUGUCUCCGUUGGCUGCCCUGAGUUCGGUGAUAACCAUCUGCCGGCUGAAUCCCAUCGAUUCCAGCUCGACAACAUCCAUCUCGGUGAACUGGUCGGUUGGCAGCAGCACUAGCGGGACGUCAUCCGCUGGUGCCGGUGGCAGCGGUGGUUGUGGCUGCCCACCUGUUGAAGUUGGUGUGCCGCUACUGCUGCUAGCGCUGCCGCCGGUGUUAUUGUUGCCACUGCUCGUUGAU